AUGCGUACUGGCCUCGCGCAGGAGAUGGGUGGCUACAGUGUUUUGGGCCACGUCUCGGGUGGCUGGUGGCGGGCGCAGGGGGUUCGCGCAGCUCUCAAGGUCGCAGGCUUUGGCGCCGAGGCCUGGCAUCAGCUACAUCCUCGAGGCUUCAGCAAACGGUCGAGGUCCCUGGAAAACCAGCCCUUCCCAGGGCUGCUGCAGCCAGAGAACCUCAGUCGGGAGGAGCUGGUUGAUGUGUUGAGGGCAUCCGUGGUGGACCAGAAAGGACCACUAGUGACGCUGAACAAGCCACAGGGUCUUCCAGUGACAGGAAAACCAGGAGAGCUCACAUUGUUCUCUGUGCUGCCAGAGCUGAGCCAAUCCCUGGGACUUGGCGAGCAGGAGCUCCAAGUUGUCCACGCCUCUGGGAAGGAGACCUCUGGGCUUGUACUCCUCUCCAGUUGUCCUCAGACAGCAUGCCGCCUCCGGAAGUUCUUUGCCCAUUCACGAAGAGCCCAGAGGCCUACAGCCACCUACUGGGCUGUCACUGAUGGGAUCCCAGCUACUUCUGAGGGGAAGAUCCAAGCAGCUCUAAAACUGGAACACGCUGAUGGCAUUGGUCUCGUAGUUCCAGUGAAAUCUCCAUCCCGAAAGGACAUCCUGGAAGGUGUCAAGAGGACCCUAAGCCACUUCCGUGUGGUGGCCACAGGUUCUGGCUGUGCCCUGGUCCAGCUGCAACCACUAACAGUGUUCCCCAGUCAGCUACAGGUACACAUGGUACUGCAGCUCUGCCCUGUGCUUGGGGAUCACAGGCAUUCUGCCCGCAUGCGCACUGUCCUGGGCCAGCGUUUCCUACUGCCAGCUGAGAGCACCAAACCCCAAAGACAGGUCCUGGAUGAAGCCCUCCUCAGACGCCUCUGCCUGACGCCUUCCCAAGCUGCCCAGCUGCCCUUGCACCUCCACCUACGUUGUCUCCAGCUCCCAGGCACCAGGCCCAGGGACGGCCUCAUAGAGCUUUUGGCACCCUUGCCUCCUUAUUUCUCGAGGACUCUACAGUGCCUGGGGCUCCACCAGCAAUAGUCCUCCUGUUCCUGCUGUUCCUGCUGCAGAGCGCUGAUUGUGGGAGGACCGCAGCCCCGAGGAGAAUGAGUUCAGUGCUCAACAUGCAGUAAGGUCGUGGUUUAAGACCCUGGGCUCUGUAGUUGGACUAACCUACGAUCAAAUACUGGCUAGGCCACUUGCUGUGUGGUGUUGGACAAAUAGCUUCACCUCUCUGGACUUGAGGUAAUAAAUGUAGCUAACUCAGUAUGGUUUUUAAGAUUUGCUAGGAAAGUAAAUGUUUAUCAUGGACGAUGCUUUCUGCUGAAAUCAAUGUGUGGCCUUUCAUUGGACUGUUUCUGUCCCAAUUCUAGCUGGGAAGAAAUGUCACAUUUUUUCAUUGUGAUAAAAUACACCUACCAAGGUUUACCCUAUUAACCAUUGUUAAGUGUACAGUUCAGUAGCAUGAAGCACAUUCACAAUGUUUUGCCACAGUCACCGUCAUCUGCCUCCAGAACUCCUCAUUUUCCAGAACUGAAAUUCUGUCCCCAUUAAACACUAAAUCCCCAUUCCCCCUUCCAGACCCUAGUAACACUGUUCUCCUUUGUCUCUAUGAAUUUGACUACUUGGGAAGCUCAUGUGAGUGAAGAUGUGAGAUUUUUUUUUCUUUAAAAAAUUGUGAAAACUAUUAAAACAUACAGCGUGCAUAAAA